AUGACAAAUAAUUUGCAAUAUUCAGAUUCAGAAGUUUGGGAAAAUCUAUUUUAUGAAAGCACUGAUUUUAAUAAUGAUUUAAUAGAUAGUGAAAAAAGUGAUAAUUAUAAUAAUGAAAAUUUUAUAAAUAGUGAAAAGAGUGAUAAUGAUUUUAGCGAAUUUAUAGAUGAUCAUGAAAAUAACAAGUUAUUAAAUAAUGAAGAAAGCGAUUAUGAUUCUGAAACCAAAAGCUUAUCAAGUUUGGAUGCUGAUAAAACAACAAUUAAAGAAUUAUUUGAAAAAGUAUUUAUAAAUGAUGGGCUAACAUGCAAUUCUCCGAUGGAAAAGGCUUAUUAUUCAGCUCAAAUAUUUUCAUUACUAUGUUUUGAAUGUGGUAAUACCGACAUUAUUAUUCCAAUUCCGGCUGCUCAAUAUCCAUUAUGUACAGAAUGCACUCAGAAAGGUGUCAAAACACUGACUCGUGGAAAAUCAUUAAAAUUUACAGCACGUAUUCAAAG